CUAAAACUAGAAAAGAUUCAGUCUUCAAAUUAUUUGGUUGUGCUAUACACAAGAAUACAGAGAGAUACAUGUUCUUGAUUUUUCCAAUAAAUAAUGACAUUACUCAUUUCGCUGCCUGCUUCAGUAUGCAUCUUUCAUGCUCAUGGCCUUCAAACUUCUAACAGAGCAGCAGCAGCAGCUCAGCAUCAAAGGGCCUCGUUUAGUGUCAUGUGUAGUCAUGCAACAACCACAACAAUAAGCAGAAGAUCUGGGAAUUAUGAGCCUCCUACUUGGGAUUACGCUAACAUUCAGUCCAUCAACACUAACAACUAUACAGAUGAUGAGGGAUACGUGAAAAGACGUGAUGAGUUGAAGAAAAAGGUUCAAAAUAUGCUGAAUAAUCAAGAGAUGGAAGAGUUGGAGAAAAUGGAGUUGAUUGAUGAAUUGCAAAGGCUGGGAUUGGCUUACCAUUUUGAGGAUGAAAUAACGGAUGCUUUGAUGAGAAGUAAAGGUUGCAGCCAAAAGGGGAAAGAUAAUCUCUAUUCCACAGCUCUCAAAUUUAGACUGUUCAGGCAAAUGCGAUAUGUACUACGUAUCAUUUUAGUUAUAGGGUACAUUCGAACAAAUGCGAUAUAUGCGUUUGAUGGUUUCUUGGAGGGAAGUGGAGGCAAUUUCAAGACAGACAUUUGCGAAGAUACCAAGGGAUUACUAAACUUAUACGAAGCAUCCUUUCUAUCCAUGGAAGGCGAAACCACGUUGGACUUGGCCAGAGAUUUCUCCACCAAACAUCUCAAACGGGCGGCCGCCGGCAACUUCAGAACCGUCGACCCAAACCUUCGUGUGGCCGUUCAACGGGCACUGGAAAUGCCUUUGCAUUGGAGGGUGCCGAGGCUGGAGGCCAGUGGUAACAUUCAUUUAUACCACGCAAAACCGAACCAUAAUCCCGUCCUUUUGGAAUUAGCUAAACUGGACUUCAACAUUCUUCAAACUCUGCACCAACAUGAAUUGAAAUCCGUUUCAAGGUGGUGGAAGAGUUCAUAUAUUGCAGAAAGAUUGAAUUUCGUGAGAGAUAGAGUGGUAGAAAAUUUCUUUUGGACGGUAGGAAUAUUUAACUACCCCGGGUAUUCAAACGCUAGAAGAAUUGAGGCAAAGCUUAAUUGUCUCCUUUGCACAAUUGAUGAUAUAUACGAUGUUUAUGGGACUUUGGAUGAACUGCAGGUCUUCACGGAUGUCAUUGAAAGAUGGAGUGAUACAACAAACAUCGGGCAUCUUCCUGAGUACAUGAAGCUUAGUUACUUUGCAGUCCACAACUUUGUUAAUGAAGUGGCAUAUGACGUUUGUAAGGAACAAGGCAUUCUUGUAUCCGGUUAUUUAAGAAAAACGUGGAUAGAUCUUUGCAAAGCACACUUGCAAGAAGCAAAGUGGUUCCACAGUGGGUACAAGCCGACAUACAAAGAAUACAUUGAAAAUUCAUGGAUUUCAAUAUCAGGUGCUCUUAUAAUAGUGCAUUCUUUCGUUUGUGUGGACAACCCUUUGGAUGAAGAAGCCUUGCAUCGCCUAUCAGUGCACUAUCAUGACAUUGCUCGUUUCCCAUCUUUAGUUCUCCGCUUAGCAAACGACAAAGGCACAUCACAUCAUGAGAUGAAAAGAGGCGAUACACCAAAGGCUUUGGAAUGUUACAUGAAUAGUGCUGGAGUCUCAAUGAACGAUGCUCAAGAAAAUAUCAAUCUUCAAAUAGAUGAGGCAUGGAAGAAGAUGAAUAAAAUUGGAUUUGAAGAUAAACCCUUCUCCAAAAGAUCCAUUGAAGUUGCAAUGAAUGUUGCUAGAGUUGCUCAAUUCAUGUAUCAAUAUGGAGAUGGGCAUGGGAUCAAGACUUGCGAGACUCAAACUCGUAUGCAGUCUAUACUAUUUGAACCUAUUCCUCUAAAAUAGGCUAGUUCUUCAUGCUUAUCAUAAGUAUGUAGUUACACUUCAAUGGGGCACAUACCCUCAAUGGUUUUCAAUUUAUUUAAUCUUAUAAAGUUGUAAAAAGUGCUACUUAAAUUUUUUCUUUUGUGGUGCCCCAAUAGAUA